AUGUUUCUUCGGACUUUCCUUGGGCUCGCCGCCACGGCGGCAACGGGCCUCGCUGCCUCGCUGCAGCAAGUGAACAGCUUCGGCGCCAACCCGACCAACAUCCAGAUGUUCAUCUACGUCCCGGACAAGGUGGCAGCCAACCCGGCCAUCAUCGUCGCGCUCCACCCCUGCGGCGGCAGCGGACAGCAGUGGUUCAGCGGGACCAGGCUCCCGUCGUACGCCGACAGCAACGGCUUCAUCAUAGUGUACCCCAGCACGCCGCACAUGAGCAAUUGCUGGGACGUGCAGAACCCGGACAGCCUGACGCACGGCCAGGGCGGCGACGCGGGCGGCAUCAUCAGCAUGGUCAACUACACGCUCGAGAAGUACAGCGGCGACCGCGACCGCGUCUACGUCAUGGGCUUCUCGUCCGGCGGCAUGAUGACCAACGUCAUGGCCGGCUCCUACCCGGAUGUGUUUGAGGCCGGCGCCGCUUAUUCCGGCGUUGCGUUCGGUUGCUUCCAGGGCGCCCCCUCGGCCACGCCCAUGAGCCCGAACCAGACCUGCGCGCAGGGCAUGCAAAAGACGCCGCAGGAGUGGGGCAACCUGGUGCGGAACGCGUAUCCGGGCUACACGGGGCGGCGGCCGCGCAUGCAGAUCACGCACGGCCUGGCCGAUGGCCUGGUGCGGCCCACGUGCGGCGAGGAGGCCCUCAAGCAGUGGUCCAACGUUUUGGGUGUCGAGUACACCCGUGAUGUUGCCGGCGUGCCGUCCAGCGGCUGGACCCAGAAGCUGUAUGGUGGUGAUGGUGUGAAGGUGCAGGGGUUCAUGGGCCAGGGCGUGGGCCACGCGCCGUCGGUGAAUGAGGAGCAGCUGUUGACGUGGUUUGGGAUCUUGGGUGGGGGUGAGAAUGGUGGUGGUGAGAAUGGCGGUGGAAAUAACGGCGGUGGUAACAACGGUGGUGGCGGUGGUGGUACUGUCGCGCUCUGGGGCCAGUGCGGUGGCAACGGGUAUAGCGGUCCGACUGGUUGUGCCCAGGGUACCUGCAAGGUGCUGAACGAGUGGUACAGCCAAUGCACUCCUUGA